AUGUCCAUCCUUGAAGAGGGGAGAGCGGCAUACGACAUCAGAGGCGCUACCGAUGCUUUCAACAAGGAGGAUCUGGAGUGCGGUCGCGCGCUGGAGGGAUUCCCUACGACCGCGGAGGCGUUUCCCGAGACCAACCCGAUAAGCCUCGACUGUGGCCAGAUGCAGCUGCACCAAGUGUCUGGCCUCAUUCGCAAGGCGGUGCGGGAUGAGUUUGAUGAUCCGGUGCACUCGAUAUUGUUUUGCGCUGCAACAGCCGCACCGGAUUCAGCGCCGGUCAUCUUCGAAGAGGUCAGCGAUGAGUUUGGUGACAAUCUUAUUCCCUAUUCCGGAGAGGAAGGGACAGAGAUCUUCAACAACCCUGAUCCUGGGAGGGAUUCCCUCCCGGUGUCAGAUGGCCGCGCCACCUCCACAAGCCGCUGCGCGCACGGCGGGGGGGUUGGGGGGCCCAGCCCCCCAAGUGAGCGGUACAGUUCCGGCCAGCCCUGCCUGGCUGCUUGGACUGAGCGCACGGCGGGGGGUUGGGGGGGCGCAGCCCCCCAACUGGGCCAUUCACUGUUCAUGUAUGCCUUCCAUGUGCGUAAUCUGCGACGCGUAACGGGGCUUCUGGACUCGGGGGGCGAACUUUGGCUUUUCUGGUUUUAA